GUCACUUCCGGCCCUGGAGGAUUUCCCGCAUUUAAAGCAGGAAGUGACGACACACGGGACUAUUUCCUCUCAUGGCGCGCUGAUUGUGUAACUGCCGGAGAAAUAGAACCGCGGGGGCGCGGCCAGGGCCACAACUUCCGCCAGUGUCCGACCCACCGUGGCCGAGGUCCCGCCUUCAGGAGACGUCACUCCCAGCAGCGCUAGCGGCAGCAUGUCGGUCAUUGAUAUGUUUGUGCAACUGCAGAACGGGCUGAGUGCGGACCAGGAUGUGCGGGAGGAAAUCAGGAAAGUGGUGCAGAGUUUGGAGCAGACGGCGCGGGAAAUCCUUAUACUGCUGCAGGGGGUUCACCAGGAGGCCGGAUUCAAGGACAUACCAGCGAAAUGCUUGCUAGCCCGGGAGCACUACGGCACGGUGAGAGCCCAGCUGGCCGCCCUGCAGACCAAGUUCCCCACUGAGCAGUACUACAAGUUCCAUGACCAGUGGAGAUUCGUGCUGCAGCGCUUGGUCUUUUUAGCUUCGUUCCUCGUCUACUUGGAGAGCGAGACGCUCGUGACCCGAGAAGCCGCGGCCGAGAUAUUGGGGAUUGCGUACGAGCGGGAGAAGGGCUUCCAUUUGGAUAUUGAAGAUUAUCUCUCGGGGGUGCUGAAUCUGGCUAAUGAGCUGCGUUAAUUGGCUGUAAACAGCGUCAUUGCGGGAGAUUAUUCCCGCCCCCUCCGCAUCGCCUCCUUCAUCAACGAGUUGGACUUCGGCUUCCGACUGCUGAACCUGAAGAACGACUCCCUGCGCAAGCGCUACGAUGGGCUCAAGUACGACGUCAAGAAGAUCGAGGAGGUGGUCUAUGAUCUGUCUAUCCGGGGUCUCAGCAAGGAGGAGCCGGCCCCUGCCCAGGGGAAGUAACGGACCUUCUAAGGGUUAAUGUUUGUAUUAAAUGGGUCGGCGGGAGGCAGCCUCCGCUGAGGACGUGAUUGGCUGGAUUGGCGCUGCCCAAUGUUUAUUUUCUUUGUUGUGGUUGGUCGGACAGACGCUCUCAACAGGACUCCCCUAUCUUUGUGUUUGGAUUUUCGUGAGAA